AUGGGGAUACAGAUUGGUAAUCAUUGCUUGACAACCUUGUUGUUCGCCGAUGAUCAGGUUAUAAUUGCUAAUGAUGAGGAAGAUAUUGACUAUAUGCUCAGAAAAUUGAAAGAGGAGUACGCAAAAUGGGGAUUGAAAAUGAACAUGACAAAAACAGAACAUCAAAAAAUGGCAGACGAUGGACAAGUAGACCGGAGCUUAGAACUCAGCAAUAUAAAACUAUGCGAAGAAUACAAAUAUUUAGGAACUAUAAUAUCUCAAGAAGGAACAUCAAACAGGGACAUUCAACAUAGAACACAACAAGGGCAGAAAUGUAUCCGAAUACUAAAUUCAGUCCUUUGGUCGAAUAAAAUAAAAUUAAAAAUUAAAAUGACAAUCUACAAAUCGAUAGUAGACCCUAUUUUAUCGUACGGGUCAGAAUUCUGGCAAUUGACUGAAAAAAAACAGAAAAAGAGUGGAUGUGGUAGAAAUAGAUUUCUUGAAAAGAGCGUGUCAGAUAUCAAGAAUAGAACAUAUUCGAAAUGA